UAGCAGGCCUUUUCAUGAUCGACUCACCACCAAUUUUAUUCACUCGAUUGCUGAUAAAAGCCCCGCCCAUCGCAGUCCCUCCCAUCAGUGGGCAAGAUCACGAAGGAUUGGGAUGUUAGCUCUUGACUGUACAUUUCAUUUUACUUGUGCAUGUGGUCUGCACAAUUAAACUUCUAGAGGAAAAGGGAACAGGACUGUGCGGCUAUUUUUGUUUCUUCCCAGUCUCGAAGAUGCAUUUGAUUGUAGCAUUGGCGUCCGGAUGGAAAGUCAGCGCAGCGGGAAUAUGAAAGCUUUUUAAUUUAAGGAAUAGACGGGUAGCCGAAGAAAGCGAUCAUGCAGCAUCCUUUAGAAAUUGGGGCGUUUUACUCUCGUCGGGAAGUUCUUCCCGAUCACGGGACUCAUCGCUACCGGACUUUCAUGAUUGAAGAGAUUCUUACCGAUCACCCGGAACACAAAGUUAUGGGUCCGACGAGAGAGUUCCUCAAAUUUGGAGUACAUGCGAUCCUCUCCACGCGAGCAAUCCGUGAUCAAAUGGCGUUAAAGGGCGACCAGGUGAACCUUGUGAAGUUCCCCUUGUCCCCACUGCCCUGCUCCCUGAGCUCAACGCUCGGCUCCCCAUUACUAUCGGCGGCUGCAAACUUGCAGGUUGGAGUGCCGUCCCAAAACUUUACGCUUGACCUUCACCUGCGGGGAAAAUUGGAGCAUGCAUCUGACGGAACUAGGAAAAGCAAGAAAGGCCGCAGAAGCCGAACUGUAUUCACCGAACUCCAAUUAAUGGGUCUGGAAAAACGCUUUGAAAAGCAGAAAUAUCUGUCUACCCCUGAUAGAAUAGAUCUUGCUGAGUCUUUGGGUCUGAGUCAACUCCAAGUCAAAACGUGGUACCAGAACAGACGGAUGAAAUGGAAGAAAAUUGUGCUCCAGGGAGGAGGUCUUGAGUCACCAACUAAACCAAAAGGCCGUCCAAAGAAGAACUCAAUUCCUAGCAGUGAGCAGCUCUCUGACCCAAGAUUUACUUCUGCCACCGAAUAUCAAUCCGAAGGCUCCAGUGGUCACUCUGAGAAUAUUCAAGAAGGACUUUAUUGACUCACUAGUUGAAACCCUGCGAAGCACAAUAUCUCAUAAUUUGAAUGGUAUAAUGAACAUGAACAGUGGUUCCACUGAAGCUGGAUUGUUGGUGCAUUCUUUCUGAACAAACCAAGCUGUUUAAAAUUCAUUCCAGCAAAGUAUAAUUCUAUUGCUCACUUGCAUCUCUCCCUUGAUGAAUUUGUGACUGUGGAAAAGCCGCAAACGUCUGCAGUUUUACUUUUUGACUUAGUCCGUUUCAUCUGUUUUUCUUUUGUAUCAGGCAGCACAGUGGCGUAACUGUAGAUCGUUGACUUCACAGUUCUGAGGACUGGUGUUCAAACCCCAGCCCCACCUGUGCGAAGUUUGCAUGUUCUAUCCGAGCUUGCAUGUGUUUUGUCCGGGCACUCCGGUUUCCUCCCACAUCCCAAAACCAUGCAUUCAUUGGAGACCCUAAAUUGAACAUAGUUGUAAUUGUGAGUGCAACUGUUGUCUGUUUCCACGAGCCCUCCGAUUGACUGGCAACCAGUUCAAGGUGUACCCUGCCUUCUGCCCGAUGAAAGCUGAGAUAGGAUCCAGCACUCCCGCAAUCUAGUAGACAAGUGGUUCAGAAAAUGGAUGGAUGGAUAUUUUGAGUUACUCCAUUCCAUUCCAUUUUCCAAGAUUCUAAUCCUCACAAGGAUCGCAGGAGUGCUGGACCCUAUCCCAACUAAUCAUUAUUAAAUGUAUUUUCACAAAUUCAAUCCAUUUAUUUAUUGUCCAUAACACAAAGUUGCUGGUGAACUGGAGCCUUCAGUUGAGGGGACAAAUGGGUAUACCCUGGACUGGUCGGCAAACGGUAGAAAAAGAAUAUUAAAAGAACAAUUCGUGGUCGCAUUUACACUCACAAGGAGUCUGCAAUUGAAGUAAAAAGUAUGUUUUCAUUAGAAAGUUGGAAACUCUGGAGAAAACACAUGGAAGCAUACAUGACAUGGUCUUCAAUGGACUUCUAAAUUAUCAAUAUCUUCGGUUUCCAGUGGAGUGCAUUUUUACAUGCUUUGUUAUAGAAUAUUAAAGAUAUAAAUUAUUUAACCACAUAAAUGAUUGCAUUUAUACCUUAAAAACCUCAAUAAAAGAGUGUAUUUGUCAAGUCCAUGCAAUGGAGCAUGGGCCGUUGAUUUCAUGAACCAAUGUUCCCGGCCUACAGAAUAGGCCCACAGUACCCCAAUCCUCACAUUCCGUAAUAAAUGACAAAAUGUAAUACUGUACACUAUUCUACAAACUGGUAUAUUUCCAUCGCAACAGAUAAAAACUAAAUCACGCGUUAUGGCAUCAAUUUCAGUCACUACUGGAGAAAAAAAAUUCCAUCUGACCAUGUUCAUCGUUUGCACAUGCGCUUAACGAACGUAAUUUCCUACUUCCAACUAAUACAACAGUAAACUUUACAUAAGUUUCUUUCGGCUUGUCCCUUUCGGGGUCGCCACAGCGUGUGUCAUCUCAGAUGAACGCACAUAUGUUUGGCACAAUUUUUACGCCGGAUGCCCUUCCUGACGCAACCCUUCUCAGGGAGUGGAGGCCCCAGUGGGAUACGAACCCACAACCCCUGGUUUAUCAAACCAGUGCUCUAACCACUGAGCUACAGGGCCUCUCAACAGUAAACUUUACAUAAGAUACAUUAUGUACAUAUCAAGGCGGCAAGGCGGAUCAGCUGGAAAGCGUUGGUCUCACAGUUCUGAGGUUCCAGGUUCAAUCCCAGACCCGCCUGUGUGGAGUUUGCAUAUUCUCCCCGAGCCUGCGUGGGUUUUCUCCG